AUGUCCAACCACGACUACUACAGAAACGUGUACGGACGCAGCGACACAAGGAACCCUUACGACUCUCCAGCCCAGGAGUCGGACAACUUUGUAUCAACCCCAUCCUACCACUACUACGUUCAACAACAACGAAGACACCAGGGCGUCCCAGCUGGCACCCCUCAUUUGCAUCCUAUCUCCUCAGAACACUCGGACACAACAACCACGUAUGUGGAGAACAACCUGGACGAUCUGAUGGCGGAUCCUCCGGAGGAAAUACCGAAGAAGAAGAAGAAGAAGGCCAAGAAGCCAAAGAUGCCCAAAUCCAAGAAGAAGUCCAGCGCCGGCGCUGGCAACGGCGACCUCGAGGCUGUGCCUCAGGAAACCAACGAGAAACGUUUGCUCAGCUUUAUGUUUGGCAAAUCGGUGGAUCCUGUUCCUCUCCCAGAGGAGAGAAAGCCAUACCCAUGGAAAACCACCAACAUCUUCAACAAGGCCGUUUUUUACUGGAUUUGGCCCAUCUUGAUCAAGGGUUACAAGCGCACAUUGCAGCCUGAUGACCUUUGGUACUUGACGAAUGACUUGACCGUCGAACAGAUGCACAAGGAGUUCAGGGCCCACUUGGAAGCCCACUUGAAGUCCCUGAGAGAUAGACACGAAAAGGAGGGCAAGGACAUGGACCUGUGGGAAUGGCCUUUCCUUGCGGUGCCUUUGGCGCUUUUCAAAACCUUCAAGAUCCAGUACUCCCUCUCAUGCAUCUUCUUGGCUCUUUCUUUCACUUGCCAGGCCCUCUCGCCCUUGAUCACCAGACGCUUGAUUGAUUUCGUCGAGAACCGUUUCCUCGGUAUCGAGACAACCUACAACAAGGGUAUCGGCUACACCAUUGGCGCCGUCAUUUUAAUUUUCAUCAAUGGUUUGCUUUUGAACCACUUUUUCCACAACGCCAUGGUGGCCGGUGCCGCCUGCAAGUCGAUCUUGACGAAAGACGUGCUCAUAAAAUCAUUCAAGUUGUCUCUGAAGGCCAAGCACCGGUUCUCUACGGGGAGAAUCACCUCGCUCAUGAGUACGGAUUUGUCGAGAAUCGACUUGGCCAUUGGGUUCCAGCCCCUUGUGGUUUGUUUCCCUAUCCCCGUGAUUAUCGCCGUGGUUUUGCUUUUGACCAACAUCGGUGUCACCUCUCUUGUGGGUAUUGGUCUUUUCAUUGUCUCUCUUGUGGUUUGUGUGCUUCUCACGUCGAAGUUGUUUUUCACCAGAGAAACCGUCGUCAAGUACACUGACAAGCGUAUUUCGCUCAUGAGAGAGGUGCUCAACAACCUCAAGAUCAUCAAGUUCUACGCCUGGGAGUUGGCCUACAAGGCUAGCAUCACCAAGGUCAGAAACACCGAGAUGAGGUAUCUUUUCACCAUCAAGGUGUUGAGAAACUUUAUCACUGCCUACGCCGUCACUUUGCCUACCCUCACUUCCAUGAUCUCGUUCGUUACUAUGUGGAAGGUUGGUGACAUGAGAGAUGCUGGCCGUGUGUUUUCUUCACUUUCGCUUUUUUCCAUUUUGGCCCAGGCUAUCAUGCUUUUGCCUAUUGCUCUCGCUACUGGUGCUGAUGCUAUGAUUGGUUUCAGAAGAUGCAAGGAUUUCCUUUCGGCUUCCGAGUACGACUCCUCCUUGGACGACAAGUUGCGUGCUGAGGAGCAGUACUUGGUUGGUUCUGACGAGUCCGUCACUGGCUUUGACUUCAAGGGCGACCAGGACUCCUUUAACAGCGACACUUACUACGGCAUGGAGGAGAAGAAGGACUCCAACGUGGUGAUUGACAUCAAAAACGCCGACUUCAUGUGGGAGCUGUUCCAUAAUGACGACAAUGACGAUAGCUCGCUUUGGGAGGCUGCUUCUUCUAAGUCUCCUCGUAAAAGUUCCGAGAAGAGCAAGAGUGAAACCCGUGUUUCUGUGGAGCUGUGUACUCUGGACAUGAAGCUGUCGUUCCCUGGUCUUCUCAACAUUAAUUUGACUGUCAACGACGGUGACUUUGUGGUGAUUACAGGUGUCAUUGGUUCCGGUAAGACGUCUCUUCUUAAUGCCAUGGCUGGUUUCAUGAAGUUGACCAACCCUGGCCAGGGUUCCAUUGAUGUCAACAAGGAGUUGUUGCUCUGUUCUGUUCCAUGGAUUCAGAACGCCACUGUUCGCCAGAACAUCUUGUUCAACCGUCCUAUGGAUCCAAGCCGUUACAGAGCCGUUAUAAAGGCUUGUUGCUUGGAGGACGAUAUCAGGGAAUUGCUGCACGGUGACCAGACCGAAAUUGGUGAAAAGGGUGUUACACUUUCCGGUGGCCAGAAAGCUAGAAUCAACUUGGCUCGUGCCGUUUACCGUGGUGGAAGCACUAUGCUUUUCGACGAUGUCUUGUCUGCCGUUGAUGCCCGUGUCGGUAAGCAGAUCACCAACGAAUUGUUCUUUGGUUUCCUCAAGCACCAGACGAGAAUCUUGGCUACCCACCAGCUUUCCUUGGUGGCUACUGCCGACAAGAUUGUCUUUUUGAACGGUGACGGUACCAUUGAUGUUGGAACUGCUGCAGAGCUUGCCGCAAGAAACCCAGGUUUCAAGAAGUUGGUGGACUUCAGCCACGACGAAGCUGCUCCCCGUCCUGAACCACAGCAAGAAGAGCCCACCCCAGAUGUGUGCCUCUUGCCAAGUGGAGUUGGCGAGAACGAGGAGGAGGUCAAGUUGGCUGUGUCUCAAUCUGUGCUUCCUCAGAGUGGUGCUGCUGGUGAUAUCAUUGGCCGCACCAUUGAAGACGAGGACAAGGCUGUCAAUGCCAUCUCGUGGCAGGUUUACAAGAACUACAUCAACUUGGGUGCUGGUAUUUUCGGCUGGACCGCAGCACCAGUGUUCCUUUUCCUUGUGGCCAUUGCUACCUUCUGCCAGUUGUUCACCAACACCUGGUUGUCUUUCUGGAUGGAGAAGCGUUUCCGUCAGUUGAGCGAGAACUUUUACGUUGGCUUUUACGUUGCUUUCGCUUUCUUGACUGUUUUCUUCACUGGUGUCCAGUUCACCAUGUUGGCUUACAUGAACAACAGAUCGGCUGAGCUCUUGAACGUCAAGGCUGUGGAGAAGGUGUUGCACUGCCCAAUGAGCUUCAUGGACACCAACCCCUUGGGAAGAGUGCUCAACAGAUUCACUAAGGACACUGACUCUUUGGAUAACGAGAUCGGUGAGCAGUUGCGUUUGUUCAUUUUCCCUCUUGCUAUGAUCAUUGGUAUUAUCAUUUUGUGCAUUUGUUACUUGCCUUGGUUCGCCAUUGCUGUUCCAUUCUUGGGCGGUGCUUUUCUUUUCUUGUCUGAAAUCUACUCGGGCUCAUCCCGUGAGAUCAAGAGAUUGGAGGCUGUCCAGAGAUCUGUGGUUUACAACAACUUCAACGAGAUUUUGACCGGUAUGCAUACCAUCAAGGCUUUCAAGGAGGAGGUUUCUUUCAUCAAGAAGAAUGACAAUUUGCUUAACCGCAUGAACGAAGCCUACUACUUGUCCGUUGCCAACCAGAGAUGGCUCUGUGUCCACUUGGACAUUAUUGCUUCUCUUUUUGCCCUCAUCAUCUCAAUGUUGUGUAUCACUGAUCAAUUUGACAUUUCGCCUCAAUCCACUGGUUUGCUUUUGAACUACGUGAUUCAGAUUGUUGGCUUGUUGUCUUUGACCGUUCGUGCCAUGACCCAGGUGGAGAACGAAAUGAACUCUGUCGAGAGAUUGCAUUCUUACGCUUUUGACUUGCCGCAGGAGGCUGCUUACGAGAAGAGCGAGUUCAAGCCUCCUCCAGAGUGGCCAAUGACUGGUUACAUCCAGUUCAAGAACGUUAACUUGCGUUACAGACAAAACUUGCCUUUGGUGUUGAAGGACUUGAACUUUGGCAUUUACCCCGGCGAGAAGGUUGGUAUUUGCGGUCGUACUGGUGCUGGUAAAUCCUCCAUCAUGACCGGUUUGUACCGUUUGAGCGAGCUUGAGUCUGGUAACAUCACCAUUGAUGGUUUGGACAUCAGCCAGCUCGGCUUGCGUGACUUGAGAUCGAAGUUGCUGAUCAUCCCCCAGGAUCCUGUCCUUUUCCAAGGCUCGAUCCGUAAAAACUUGGACCCUUUCAACCAAUUCCCAGAUUGCACCUUGUGGGACUCGUUGAGAAGAUCUGGCCUCAUCACUGGCGACCAGUUAGAGAGAGUCAGACGCACUCAGCUUGUGGACAACAACUAUGACCAGCUCCACAAGUUCCACUUGGACCAGAAUGUUGAGGACGACGGCCUGAACUUCUCCUUGGGAGAGAAACAGCUCAUUGCAUUGGCCCGUUCGUUGGUGCGUGACUCCAAGAUUUUGAUCUUGGACGAGGCCACCUCCUCUGUCGACUACGAGACCGACGCCAAGAUCCAGGACACCAUUAUUCGUGAGUUUGACAAGUGCACCAUUUUGUGUAUUGCUCACCGUUUGAAGACGAUCUUGACGUACGACCGUAUCUUGGUGAUGGACCAGGGACGUGUUGUUGAAAAGGGUACCCCUUGGACUUUGUUCCGCCAAAACGGACUCUUCAAGCUGAUGUGUGAUAAGGCUCACAUUGUCGCUGAGGAUUUCCGCAGACCCGUCGUUUGA